AUUUAAAAUUAUUGUCAUAUGCAUUUAUCUUCACUCUGAUGAGGGCUCAGACGUGAUAACACCCCUGGCUCCCUAUCCCCGUAGGAGCUGGUGUGAGAGCUGCCUGCUGCCUCCCCUCCAUUAGCCACAGCUGUUGGAUUUCCCACCCAGAAUCUUUAGGUAAAUGAGAUCAUGAUUCUGGAAGGAAGUGGUGUAAUGAAUCUCAACCCCAACAGCAACCUCCUCCACCAGCAGCCAGCCUGGACAGACAGCUACCCCACGUGCAACGUUUCCAGCGGGUUUUUUGGAGGCCAGUGGCAUGAAAUCCAUCCUCAGUACUGGACCAAGUACCAGGUAUGGGAGUGGCUCCAGCAUCUCCUGGACACCAACCAGCUGGAUGCAAGCUGCAUCCCUUUCCAGGAGUUCGAUAUCAAUGGCGAGCACCUCUGCAGCAUGAGUUUGCAAGAGUUCACCCGGGCGGCGGGGACGGCGGGGCAGCUCCUCUUCAACAACUUGCAGCAUCUCAAGUGGAACGGCCAGUGCAGCAGUGACCUGUUCCAGUCCACACACAAUGUCAUUGUCAAGACAGAACAAACAGACCCUUCCAUCAUGAACACCUGGAAAGAAGAAAACUAUUUAUAUGAUACCAACUAUGGUGGCACAGUAGAUUUGCUGGACAGCAAGACUUUCUGCCGGGCCCAGAUCUCUAUGACAGCAACUGGUCACCUUCCCGUUGCAGAGUCACCUGAGGUGAAAAAGGAACAAGAUCACCCUGCCAAGUCCCAUACCAAGAAGCACAAUCCUCGAGGGACACACUUAUGGGAAUUCAUCCGAGACAUCCUUCUGAACCCAGACAAGAACCCAGGGUUAAUCAAGUGGGAAGACCGUUCAGAGGGCAUCUUCAGGUUCUUGAAAUCAGAGGCUGUGGCUCAGCUGUGGGGGAAAAAGAAAAACAAUAGUAGCAUGACCUACGAGAAGCUCAGCCGAGCGAUGAGGUAUUACUACAAGAGAGAAAUUCUGGAACGUGUGGAUGGACGAAGACUGGUAUAUAAAUUUGGGAAGAAUGCACGUGGAUGGAGAGAAAAUGAAAAUUGAAGCUGUUGACGCUUUGACCACAAACUAAAACAUGCCCCCAAAUGAUUAAAUAUCAAGAACUCCUGGACGUAAAUAUUUCAAAGACUACUUUCCUGUGAUAUUUAUGUACCAUGAUGGGGGAAAUAAUCUACUUCUAACCGGAAGAAAGAACACUACAGUUGAUAAAAUUAUUUUGUUACUUUGAAGUAUGUCCUAUGUGGGGAACAAACGUACACAGUUUUCUGUGAAAUAUGAUGCUGUAUGUGGUUGUGAUUUGUUUUUCCUCUAUUGUGAAGUUCUUUUCUGCUGCAAGGGCAGGGUUUGUAGCCUGGUGCUUCUUGCUGAGAGAAAGAAAAAAAUAAGAGGGCAUUAAAUGUUUUUAUAUGCAAAAUGAUUUAGAAAAAGGUGAUGUGUCCUCUGCAUAUAAGCAACCGCAUGGCCUCCUCAAGAGAGAUGAGCAUGGUUGCUAGGAGGAACUCAGGAUCUCAGAUUGACGGGAUGAACCAGAGGAUGCUGGGAAGUUUAGCCUGACCUUAAGAACCAGUGAGUGGAGAAUGAAGACUUCCAAAAUCCAGGUGGACUGUAAUCACUGCAUUAUCUCCUGACUUGCAAUGUUUAAAUCAGCAAGAAGAAUGAUGGUGGGGGGUUUUAUACAAAUUCAGGAAUGAUUUACCUGAUGCCAAGGCUAUCUUUCCCCCUCCCCCUCAGAUGACUGGUAACAAAAAUUCAAUUUCCUCCUCUGCUCACUUCCAGUUAUUUAUGAGAGUGUACAGCCUUGGUUAUUUUUAUGCCAAUUGCUUAAAAAUAAAUGGGAAACAGGAAGUGGUGAUGAGUUUGCUCUUGUAUUUCUAUAAUCCAUAGUUUCUCAAUUAGCACAAUGCACAUUUUUGGCUGAGUAGUUCUUUGUUGUGCAUUAUUUGGCUGCUGUGUACACUGUAGGAUGUUCAUCAGUAGCCAUGACCUCUACUGACUAGACGCAGAUAGCAUGCCCAUCCCCCAGGUUGUGACGAACAAAAAUGUCUCCAGACAUUGCUAAAUGUCCCCUCAGGGGCAACGUUGCUUUUAAUGGAGAACCACUGAUGUACCCAGUCAAGAUGAAGAUGGCAUUUUAGUCUCAGAACAAAAAGAUGUAUGAAGUCUUUUAGUCCGUAGCAUGAAGCAAAACCAAGACAUCAAAGCAAUCUAUUUUUAAUUUUUAAAAUGAUAGGAACAAUGGGUUGAAAUAGCUAGAGGGAUUUCUUUCCAGAAUCCCAGAUGACAGGCAACAUUAGAUAAAUCAAACAUAGUAAUGUAGUGAGAACUGCAACAGGAGACAUUUUCACUGGUAUUACAAAGCAGAGUAAAAAUGACUUUGCAGAAGGAAAUAUGGAGAGAAGAGUGCGUGUGUGUGUUGAGAAAGGCAGGGAGAGAGAGAGAGAAGGACAGCGUUCUAGGGAAAAGCUUUGCUGAUGUUACUUUUUAUAAUCUUUUCUUUUUUGGAUAAUCUUUCAUCCCAAAAGUGAAUGGUACAUUGUCUAGAUUUGCAAUCUUUUUUUUUUUUUUUAAAGAAAGAAAAGGAAGGAAGGGUGGAAGAGAACAACAGAAAGCUCAGCUCAGGAGCUGUUGUCAGAAAGGAAUUGGAGACUUCUUCAAUGAUGAGCCUGUCCUGGGGUACCUGGAGACUUAUUGGGUUCUGCAAUCUGGGAGGAACAUGAACCUGUAGACACUUUGAGAAUGGGUUUGAACCUCCAGAUUCCUUUUGCAGCUUUUCUUUUUGGCUCGCUGUAUCCUUGGCUUUCUCUUCCUCCUGCCUCUCUAUCUUGAGCAAUAAAAUGGGAAUGAGGACAUGUUAUUAGAUAAAUCAUUAAGAUUUAGUAAUGAGUAAAGUGCUCCUCAGUAAGAAGGAGCACUCUUCAUCAAUUAAUGGAGGACCUACCAGGAUCUUACCCAGUGGAGGUGAGUGAGUCAUACUCAAAGGUUGCAAAGUCUUUGUAAUGUAUUCAGGAGACUGGAAGUAGGAAGAGUUAAGACUUUUCCUAAUUUUAAUGAGAUACAUUAGGGAUGGUGACCUUGUAGCACCAGCUUAGUGAGAUGACCUUCUGAAGGUACAACCAAGUCCAUUUUUAUUUCUGCCUGGCUUGGUCACCUCCACAAAGGUGUUAUUUAGUGUUGUCAAGUCACAGUUUCUGGUGAAACUAAGAGAAAUAACAAUGAGCAGCACAGAUCUGAGAUGUCCUUGCAUCAAAGGCACACCUUUUCCAAGUAAGGCUAUAGAAUGGUGAGGUCAUCCCAGCACUUGACUACACUUUACACAGAACAAAUUAAACAUCCAGAUAUUUGAACUGGUGUCAAUGCUUGAAUGUUUGUGUGUCUGAAUUGUGUAAAGUUAUUAGGGAUAUCUGCUAAUUCUCACUCUGCUGUUCUUUCCCUGGCUUUGCCUCUUCAUCAUCUUAAGGGGGCUAAAUCCUUCUCUAACUUCACUGUUCCCCAAAUCUGUUUCUCACAUUCCUCCAAAUUGCCCUUGGCUCUCUCUUCACCUUCUCCAAUGAAGAGCAAUCCCUGCUGCGUAGUGAGUCUGGGGAGUACCAAAUGGAACAGUUCUGUGGAUAAUUAGCAGAUGGUGUUAUUUGUUGAAAGUGACAGUUUCUUAACAACUGGUUCCUGCUUAAAUAGGCUGGAGUAUUAAGUUCUUAGCAUCUCUCUCUGUUGUAUUGGCUUGAGUUUGAUGUAUUUUCUAUGUGCUCUUCAUGACUUGGAGAACUCAAAAUAAUUAAUCCAUACCAACUUGGUGUGUGAGCAGAAUAUUUCCCACCACAGUGUUGUGUGGGAAAGCAAAAUCCCAGAGAAAGUCAGCAGCAGGUGAAGCCCCCUUCCUCUGGGGACUCACAACUUCUUACUUGAGAUACAUGUUUGUCCUGGGUGUACACAUGAUCACUACACUGGUCCCCUUGACUGCUCCAUACACUAAAGGCUUGGGCUGUUAUCAUUAUUUUCAUGGGAACCUGAGGCAAAAAAUGGUUUGCUAAGAUUUUAUCAGACUCAAGUCAACCAAGGCUCCUAGAUACUUGACUUGAUGAAACUUAAGCAAGGCCCUUGUUCCCAGAGAUAUACCUACAGAUUCCUGAACUUGACUUCUGAGCAGGGAAGACCUAGGUAAUGAGAUUGCCUUUGAACACACUGGUUCUUCCUCAAAGUUCUUGCCUCACUAGACUGUAAGCUCUAUGAGGGCAGGGACUGUAUCUCAUCAAUAUUGUUUUCCCAGUAGCUAGCAUGAGAUAGGUCCUUUAUGAAUAUUUGCUGAGUGGGUGAAUAAAUGUCUUCUGGAAGACUCCUUGGAUCAAGAGGCCAUAUCCAUAAUCGGGAUGUGAAUCAUUUCUUCACUGGAAUAAGAGCACAGUGGUCAAACUGUCAAGGACAUAUUACUGAUUAGAUGAACAUCUUACUGUGACACUCUCCUUUGCCUUCCUACCUGCGCUGAGAUGAAACCAAAACAGGUUGCUUGGUUCCACAAGUCAACAUACAUGGAAUGAGAAUUUUGUUGCCUUAUUAGGAGCUGUGAGACUUAUCUGGUACAAGAAGCCAGUAAUGACCUGUUUUAACCAAUGAAGAUUAUAAAUGUGUUUAUAUGAUGUAAAUUUCUAUUUAAGUGUAAAAGAGGUCUAAGUUUUAGAGUGUUCGGUUUGGUAUCUGUAUUUUUUUCUUUUUGAAAAAUACUGAGGGAUCUUUUCAUAAGGCUAGUCAUACAUGUUAGAUUUUAGUUCUGCAAGUGUGUUGUGUUUCAAAUGUAUAAAAUACAGGAAAAGCUAAAGUAGUAAGAGGGAAAGGCAAUUAUACCAGUCUUCAAUAGUUAAAAAAGCAUUUGUUGAGUACAUACUACGUGUACGGCAUGGAACCAUAUGUGUAAGGAGCUUAUCUGAUUAUAUGGUGUUUAUUAGAUACUCCAUAUGAACCCACUAGAUGGAUACCUACUGUGUGAAAGAAAGAUCAGCAUAGCAAUCACAACAUCCGAGCUGAGUUAUCCUCAGGAUGGUUCUCAGGAUUUCAGUUCUGGAGUAAGAGAUAGAGCACUUACUAAGAACCUGUUGAGACUGUGCCUUAUGAACCACUUAAAUGCAUGUCUUCACAAAUUUAGCUUAAUUGGGAUUAAUCUUGUAGUAGCUAUUUGCAUGAUUUCUGCUUUUCUUCCCAUUUGGCUUCUGGACUGACAAGUUGUGGGAAACAACCCUACUGUCACUGUUUUUGAAAAAAUCAGAAAUCUUGCCCUUUAAACUAUGUUAAAUCCAAACUAAGUAUUUCUGUUUUAGAAAGAUUAUAUUUUUUCAAAUAUGUUUUUUUUGUUUGUUUGAUGGGUCCCAGGAAACACUAAUAAAAACCACAGAGACCAGC